GAGAAAAGAUCGUGUAUGGUCAAUUGUGACAGAUUGUUCUACGAACAUUUUUCAAUUGUGUCUGAAGUUAUUUCCAUAUUUCCAUAUUUACACAUGGGAGAAGACGAUGAACAGGAUAGACAGAUCACAAAUCUUCAUAUAAGAUCGGAAAUGAUUAGUCUGGGCCAUCCACAGAUGGCAAACCAGCCUCAUGUAAUCAAUCAGUCUCAAGUUAUGAACCAGCCUCAGUCUCAAGUUAUGAACCAACCACAGGUGAUUAAUCAACCUCAAUUUCUGAACCAAGGCCAGCUAAUGAACCAUUCUCAGAUAAUGUCUCAGUCACAGACCCUCAACCAGGCAAAUCUUCUGCCGCAACCUCAGGCCAUGCAGCAGUCCCAGAUGAUCAUGAGUCACUCUCUGCCGCCUAUGAUGAGUAGCAACUAUAAAGUAUGGGCACAUCCGCAAGCCCCUUUGGACCCUAACAAGAAGUACCGCAACUUUCCAAAGCCUAACUAUGGAAAUAUGAAACAGUCAAGAUCAGGGCGAGGCAAUUGGAAGGGAAAAGGCGUUAGUGACAAAAGGAUAAACAAUAGGAGAAUGGAAAAACCAUUACCGGUUUCCAUAAGUGGUCCAAAUAAUGCUGUAGGGUAUCAACCUCCAAGUCUUCAUGAGCUGCAGUCUCAAAAUCGUUUAAGGGCUCGAAAGUUUUAUUCUAAAAAGAAGUUUGGCAAUAGAUUUGCACCUUAUGCACCUCGGAAUACCACGUCUUUUAUAAUUCGUGCAAAGAAGUCUGGUGGGAUUGCUUCACUUGUAUCCCCUAGUCCCGUAACACCCGCUGUGCUUCCUACUCCAAUGUUUUCCCCUUCAAGGGAGGCGUUGGGUGAUAUGGCGAAGGAGGAAUGGGGUGUUGAUGGUUAUGGAUCAAUGAAAGGGUUGAUAAGGCUUCGAGGGUCUGAGAAUAAGGCAGAAGUGCAGGAUGAGGAAGAAGAGGAAGUUGGCGGUGGUUCGAGUGACAGUGAUGUAGAGGAACAUCUGGAGGUAGAACGUAGAUUGGACCAUGACUUGAGCCGAUUUGAAAUGAUAUACCAGAACUAUGGAGUAGAGUAUAAUAACUGUUUGGAAAAUAGGGUCGAUGAUCAGGAUAGCCAUAUAGCUCAGUUGGAGGAGGAGAACUUGACGCUGAAGGAGAGACUUUUUCUUAUGGAGAGAGAGCUUGUUGACUUGAGGAGGAAGUUGCAACUUCUGGAGGGGCAAAACCCAGCUAUUGACGAUGUGAAUGAGGAGGUGGUGGAGAACGUAUCUGAGAAUGAGAGUGAUGGAGGGUUGGAGAUGGAGUAUGUAUCUGAAAUUAGACAAAACCAAGAUGUUGAUGUUGAUUCCAAGGAGGAAGAUGAAGAAGUCUUGGAGAUUGAGGGUGGGGAAAAAUGUGUCGGGGAAGAUUUCAAGAGAGAAAAAGUGGUGGAAGAGAAAUCCAUAGUGAAUGAUGAAAUGGUGAAGGAAUCAGAUGAACAGAUUCCGGAAGACGGUGUGGCAAAAGAUGAAGAAUCAAAGGGUGAACUUAUUCUGGAGAAGGUAAAUGAAUGCGACAAUAUGGAUGAGAACUUGGGUAAUAUUUUGCAUGCCGAUUUAGGGAUUGGAGAUGAAGCCAUGGUCAAUGAUGAAGCAGAGCAGAAUAGAGUUGUACCUGUAAAAAUAGCUGUAGAUGUAAAGGAAGGGUGUGAAGAAACAACGGAGGAUUCUGUAUCGGGAAAUGACUGUUGUUAAGGAUAGGCCUACUUGGAGAGAAGUUCUUGCAUAAGUGAUUAAUUUUGUGUAAAUGUAAGCCACUUCCUCGAAGAGGCAUUUCCUUGGAAUUCUAUUGUCACUGUUGCAGCUUCUUGUUACAUAUUUCUGAUUGAUAUUUUCUUUAGAAUAUCUCUCGUUGGAAACGGCUGAUGUUUCUUAAUCAAGUCUGCCUCUUGUCUAGCUUAACUCUCAAGGCUUUUGUGUUAGAUUUAUAAAUCUAUAUUUUAGCCUUUUUAUUGUCCGUUUAUAAAAGAAUCAGUGCGGUUUGGGGGUGUGCA